UACUAAAGACCUUAAAUAAGAAAUAAUUUAGCAAAGGGUUUAGGACUGCCUCACAGAUCACUGGAACAACAAAAUGGCUGCCAAGCGCCCAUUUUGUGAGUCUGACUUUUCCUGCCCAUAUUGUCUGGAUGUGUUUAAAGACCCUGUCAUCAUGGAGUGUAGCCACAGUGUGUGUAAAGCCUGUGCAGAGAAAUACUGGGAAACACAAGGAUGCCAGGAGUGUCCUGUCUGUCGCAAAAGGUUCUCCAAUAGUAAACUACAAUCUAACAUAGCUUUAAGGGAUCUAUGUGAGACCUUCUUACAGCAGCAGAUUGCAUCAGUAGGGUCUGAGGUGCUCUGCAGUCUGCACAGUGAGAAACUCAAGCUCUUCUGUCUGGAGGAUAAACAGCCUGUGUGUGUGGUGUGUCAGACCUCAAAACUACACAGAGGUCACAAUCUCAGUCCUAUUGAUGAAGCUGCAGCAGGCAUGAAGGAGGAAAUCAAGAACAAACUGGAGCAUCUGAGAAAGAAACUGAAGAUGUUUGAACAACUUAAACUCAUGUCUGACCAAACAGCAGCAUACAUUGUGACUCAAGUUCAGCAGACAGAGAAGCAGAUCAAGGAGGAGUUUGAGAAGCUCCACCAGUUUCUACGAGAUGAAGAGGCAGCCAGGAUAGCUGCACUGAGGGAGGAAGAGGAGCAGAAGAGUCAGAUGAUGAAGGAGAAGAUUGAGAAGAUGAACAGAGAGAUCUCAUCUCUUUCAGACACAAUCAGAGCCAUAGAGGAGGAUAUGAAAGCUGAUGAUGUCACAUUCCUGCAGAAUUACAGAAACAGAGUGGAAAGAGAACAUGCCUAUGUCCCGCUCUCUGGACCACAACACUCCAUUCCCUCCUGCUCCCACAAGAGGCUGUCAAAUAUUGCCACACGCCGCAUGCGGUUCCCACGGGAGUCUCGGCCCGUUGCAGGCCUCUAUUCCAGAGCCCAGUGCACACCGCAGGAUCCAGACAGGCUUUCAGGAGCUCUGAUCAUUGUGGCAAAGCACCUGGGCAACCUGAAGUUCAGAGUCUGGGAGAAGAUGAAGGAGGUUGUACAAUACACCCCUGUGAUUCUGGAUAUCAACUCUGCACACCCACAACUCGUCCUGUCGGAGGAUCUAACCAGUGUAAGGCGUGUUGAUGAGAGACAGCAGCUUCCUGAUAAUCCAGAGAGAUUUGAUCACUUUGCUAGUGUGCUGGGCUCUGAGGGCUUUAACUCGGGGACACACUGCUGGGAUGUGGAGGUUGAGGAGAACACAUGGUGGAGUGUGGGUAUGAUGACCGGGUCUCUCCAGAGGAAAGGAAACUAUACCUUUGUGAGUGGACUGUGGUUUGUUCUUCUUAAGAAUGGUAGAUACUGGGCAUGGUCUACCCCCAUUGAUUCACUGUCAAUGUCUACCCCACAGCCUGCCGCUGAGCUCAUAGUGCAGCAGAAUCCCCAGAGGAUCAGAGUGAAGCUGGAUUGGGACAGGGGAGAACUAUCCUUCACUAACCCUGAUAGUAACACACACCUACACACCUUCACACAGACCUUCACUGAGAGAGUGUUUCCAUACUUUAAUGGUGGUAGGGGUGCACCUCUGAGGAUCCUACCGGUGAAGGCCUCAGUCACAAUAGAGCAGCACAGCUAGACACAAAACACAAGGUGACUCACCAGACACUGGGGUUUUCUGUUGGUAUUUCAUGUAGUGUAAAGCCGUGCAUACACUGUGCGAUAUUUUCACUCGUGGGUCUUAAGAUUCUGCUCACACUGCACGAUGGAAUUUCACUGUUUAAAAAUUCACAACUCAUGACUCAAGACCUCACACUAUACGAGCCUACAGUCGGAUGCGAGCGAAACGCUUUCACUGUACGACGCGACAGGCAUGUUUCCCCGGUCUGCAGAGGACGGAACAUGCGCACCUGAGGUGGAGAUGAGGUCGCGCUCAACAGCGAAUCGCACGGCCCUAUUAAUUUGUGCAUGUGAAGUGUCAAAUCGAGUCGUAGCACUGCUUUAACUGUGCGAUUUAUGCACGAGCCACGACCAGAAUUUCAAACCGUUUUGAUGUUCUUGCAAUCCUGCGAUUGCACGAUCGUGAGGCGAAAUCGCUUGUCGUCACCCCAUGUACACUGCACGAUGCGAGACUCACGAUCGACCUGCGAUUGAGCAAGAAAUCGGCCCGACUCUCAAAAAGCUUUAGGUAAUGCAAUUUAAGGCCAUUAGCCCUAACAAUUUUGGGUGUAGUGUGGUGUAAUGUAAUACAAA